ACUGCAGGAUGAAGUGCGUAACAAGUGUAAUCGUAUUUGCUGUGUUAUACUGCGCCUGGUCAGGUACCAGCGCGUCUGACUCUGACGAUGGAUCCUGUUCAAGUUUCGGGUUCGGGGAAGAGCAAGAAAAAGAGUGGGGAGAGUGCUCGCCAGCGUGUAACGGCGACAAGCAGAGCCCCAUAGACGUCGAGUGCAAAAACGCCAUUACGGAAGACCUGCCCAACGUCAACGGGCCCUUCUACCGAGACCGCAGCAUUCCAUUCCACUUCAGCGUCAGCAACGACAACUACACAGUGACGGUGGAGCUGUUGGACGCCGACUACCUGUACCUGGAGGGAGGUCCCCUACACUCUCGCUACUAUCUGCACAACUUGCAGUUCUGCUGGGGAUCAGACGACUCCAAGGGCAGCGACCACAGCUUCAACGGUGUGAAGUAUCCAUUGGAAGGUCAGUGGGCACUGUACUCCGAGAACUACUCAAGCUACGAGGAAGCGUCCAAGCACCCAGGCGCGGUCUUGAGGAUUUCCCAGCUGUACCCUCUACAAGAUGGAGACAACCCGUCGCUGGCUCCGAUCGUGCGAGCCCUGCCCCAAGUUGUGAAUCCUGGACACACCACAGAGCCGGAAGAGGAACUCACCUACGACGAGAUCUUCUCCGGCUACCCCGUCGACGACUACUACUAUUACAACGGCAGCUUCACCACUCCGCCCUGCACGGAGACCGUCAUGUGGUUCGUCUUUCCCCCUCUGAAUGGCGUCUCCGAAUCGCAGCUGGAGGUGUUCCGGACUCUCCAGUCGACAAACGGCCCCUUGGUGAACAACUUCCGCUCCACGCAGCCGCUCAACGGCCGCAAGGUGAUCAGGAGCAACAAAGGUUCCACGUGCCUCGGAGAGUGUGAGACGUGUGGCAGGCCAGCGCGGCGUCGCGCCGGCACGCGUCACCACGCAACAAAGUCUGGUCGCCAUAGCAAGCACGGCGCCUCCAAGCAUCACGGCGCAACCCGUCGCCGACAGCACUAGUCGCCCGCCUUCGGUGCCUGCUGCACACAGCUUCUCCAGAAUCCUCAGCAAUACCAACAGGACCGUACUCACUAGACGCCUAUACCUACACUUAGAAUAUUAUCCUGCAUCUACAGGCAAACUUAAAUGAAGUUCCACAAAAUAUUUCACUACAAGUACAAAAUCGAAUCUACUGAAAACAAUUAACUCCAAGGAAACGGAGUACGAAAUACGUAGAGGUACGUUUUCAUUCAGCGACACAGCCUCGCGAACAGUUUAGAGAGGCAAAUUUCGUGCAGCAUUAACGUCGUCCCCACUGUGCUACGAGAGCCUGCUUCUCGGCCAUACAAACCCCAUUCGGCCGAUGUGUCCGUAUCAGAAUGCCUUGCUUCUCUCGUUUCGCAUAGUACCAACGCCAUUACUUGUUGCGAGCGAGACAGACACCUCGGGGAAACCCUCCAUGUCAUCCAAGACCAUAAAACCGACUCGCAUAUGUUGGACAGCUAAGAAAGACCAGAACACAACCGGGCAAGAAGGGACGAGGCGAGGAUGGAAUUAUGAUUCUUCAGCAUCCAGUGUUACGUCUUUUGUUCUUUCCAUUUUGGGCGCUUAAGCACUUAUGCCAUUUGCACUGUACCAACACUGAAAUCUAAAAUUAAAAAAUAAAUAAGUAAAACGAUUGCUGAAUCUGUGAGGGCGCAUGGGGAUGCAACUUCUGAGAUUACAAAAGACCACGUUGAAAUGGCUGUGUCGCCCAAAUGGACAUUUCACCGUUUGUGUGCCUGUUUCGCAUAUCGUUUCGACCUCCGUAAAUGAAAACGGUUAAACAGCUGUCUCACGAAAUAGCCUCGCACGUUUAUUUCGCGAGCAGUUUCGUAUAGUGUAAAGGUACCUUAAGACAUUCGGAAAUAUAGAUUGUAUAAAUCUGAGGAGCACACAAGGCAAUUAAUUUUUUAUUUUUCUGUCGACCAGAUUCGACAGCACUAACAGGAGCUGUUAUCACGUAACUAGAUGUUCUCCUUUUUUACGCUAAACUAGAAUACAGUUACCGCUGCCAAAACAAAAAUAUUUGUCAUUGGUUCACUCAUAAAGACCUGCUGCAGAAGGACCAGUUGUGGAUGCUUAAUUAUUUUGGAGCUUUGUGAAGCGUCACAUUUAUUGCAGCUGCCUGUGGCAAUGUAUUAGAAUGCUCAUUUUUGUAAUUUCCACGGAAUAUUUGGUGAAACGUUUUGAUGACUUCUGUACCACACUCCCUUCGUAUAUCUGCACGUGUACAAUAAAGAACUUCCACAUUCAAAA